UGCCGGUUGAACGGUAGAGAGAAAUGUUAGUUUUAUGCGUUUUACAUCGUUUCGUCCUGUUGUUCGUAUCUGAGGCGAUAUUGGUUGUCAAAUAAUUUAAUAAGACAACUAUAUCACAUGUUUACAUUUGGACAGAUGGAAAAUACUUUGGAUUCGAUUCGUCCAUCGGAUAAUCAACAAGAAGAAAUGUCUUAUCUAUUUGGUAGAGAUCCGAGUAUCUUGGCGUAUAGUCAAAGACCAUUUCCCUCAAAGGAUACUAAGAAGAAUUUGCUUUUGCUAUACGAAAUAGAAGAAAACAAUUCUACUGGAGAAAAUGUAUACGAGCGUUCCGAAUCCUUACAAACUGUCCGAGUAUAUCUGAGACUUAAACCAUUUUCAAAAAAUUUAAAACUAACAGAAGAACAACAAGAUGCGUACAAAAUCAUAAAUUCUACCACAUUGGUCACGAAGCUACCAAUGUUAGAUAACACAAUAAGUUCUAUCAAGCAGUCUAAAAGUAAUGAAAAUAUUAGUAGAAAAUUUACUUUCUCCCAAACCUUUGGACCAGAAACAACUCAAUUGGAAUUAUUCGAACAGACUGUGCAGCAACAAAUGAUAGACUUUCUAGCUGGAUAUAGCUGCACUAUCAUGACAUAUGGUACUACGAAUUCUGGAAAAUCGUACACGUUGCAAGGAACCACCACUUCACCCGGCCUUAUACCACGCGCGUUAGAGUUUGUGUUUUCUAACAUCACGACAAGACCGAAUCCAUCUUAUAAACCUUUGCAUUAUUGCGAUGUAGUCAGUCUUAAUGCACUGGAACGUGCGCAGGAGCUCGAGGCAAAAACCAAGUUGCUGACGUUUAGUUCUGUGGAUAAACAUCAGUAUAUAAAUGCUUACAAGGAGAUGCAAAAAUUGUUGCAAGAAGAAUCAGUUCGACCCAGUCAGUGCCACGAUGCUCAUUAUUCCAUCUGGGUUUCAUUUGCGGAAAUCUAUAAUGAAAUUGUCUAUGAUUUAUUAUCGAACGAGUGUCAAAAGAAGAGAAUACCUUUGAAACUAGGAACAGAUUCCAGUGGUAGAGCAUUUAUCAAAGGACUAAGAACCAUCUAUGUUAAUUCAGCUGCAGAAGCUUAUCAGGUUUUGAUGGCGGGGCAAUAUAAUUUAAAGAUAGCAGCGACUGCAUUGAACGCAAAAAGUUCGAGGUCUCAUUGUAUAUUCACAAUUACGUUAUUGAAAUAUUGCGCGGAAAAUUUACCAGAUACAGUUGAAGUGAGCACAUUUUCCUUUUGCGACCUGGCAGGCUCUGAGCGCUUAAAGAAGACGUUGAAUAUUGGAGAUAGAUUGAAGGAAGCACAAAACAUCAAUACCAGUCUGCUGGUGUUAGGCAGAUGUUUAAAAUCUAUUCACGAAGGACAAGAGCGAACAAGAGCGAAAACUGAUGCUGUUGGACCUUUUCGGGAGUCCAAGUUAACGAGAUUAUUUCAACGAGCAUUAUCAGGAAAGGAGCAUUUAGCCCUGAUAGUGAAUGUCAAUCCUCUUCCAAAUCUCUAUACUGAGACGCAAAACGUCCUGAAUUUCGCUGCUAUCGCCAAGAGAAUUGUUAUAGAGGAAAAGAAGCAAGUAAGCAAAGAAGCAAGUAAACCGAAAUCGAGGUUCUCGCGAAUAGCAGAGCAGAGCAGAGGAAUCGUGACCGAUUGGGAUGCUACGGAAUUGGAAAGUAUGGAGGACUGGCAACAACACACCACCGCCGUGUCGGGGAACGCUUCGGAAUAUGUCAGUUCGGAAGAAUACAUGGAUCUCGCGAAUGAGAACGAGAAAUUAAAGAAAGAAAUUGCCGUGCUAAAAAAAUCGGCCUUAAGCCGAGAUCUCCAGAGUCGGCAGGAAAUGGCGGACAAAUAUAUCGCGAUGAUAAACGAACUCGAAGUCUAUUGGAAACAACGCGUGAACGAUGCGGAAGUGCAACACGAGGACACCCUCGAGUGGACUGUGAAACAAGUUCAAGAAUUUUACGAGGAAAAAUUGAAUCAACUGCACAGAAAGAAAAGAAGACGCACUGACUGUACUGAUGAUGAUGAUGAUGAUGAUGAUUAUGUGAGCGAGAAUAGCGAUUAUCUUAAUGUAACUCUUGAUUUGGGUGAAAAGAACACGCAGCUCCAAGUAAAGAUUGAAGCUUUGAAACAGAGAUUGACUGAACUCAAGACAACAAAUGAAACUUCGAUUAUGGAAAAGAAUAAGAUAAAUUUCGAGUUGGCACUGUCGAAGGAGGAUCUAAAGGUGGUGAGAAAUCUUCUGAAAGCCGCGCAAAAAGAUAUUUGCCUUAAUCAAGACGGUAAAUUUUUCGCCGAGGAAAUUACGUCGCAAUUGCUCGCUAAAGACGAACAGAUAAUAAAGCUCAAAGAAUUUCUCAAUGAAGCGAAGAAAGAUUAUAUUACCGCGACGUCCGAUUUAAGGAAGAAGGAACUUUGCGUCGACGAGCAGACGAAAAUUAUAAUAGAAAAUGAAGAAAAGAUUGAAGAUGUGGAAUCACACCUCGAACAAGUUAACGUGUGUCUAAUGGAGAAAACCAGGAUGAUAGAAGUUUUAGAAGAGAAAUACGAGCGUCAAAGUGAAAAAUUAUCCGACGCUCAGAACGUGAUAUUACAAUUGCAAGAAGAAAUUGAGCGAUUGAAGGAUGAAAAAUUAGCGCUGCUCGUUCAAGAAUGCGAGAAGCGGCCAAUUCUUCCGGAAAGUUCUCAAUGUUUAGACAAAACGACUAAUACAUCUGAUUCGAUUUUAACAUCAGCUGUUGUGGAUAACAACAUAGUCGAAGAGCUCGUCGUCAAGGAAGAAUUGAUUAUCGACGAUCGAUUAUCGGAUGACGAGUCGCAAGGCAAGAGGGAUACUGCGGAGAAUGGAAUACAUUCGCUUGAAAACCGCUUACCAUCAUCCAGUGUUGCAUGCACAACGGUAUCGAAAGCAACCGAUAGUGCUACCGUAGGUACCACUAGUCCAACAAAAAGUGACAAGAGUCACUGCGAUAUUAAUUUGGAGAGAUGCGUUUGUUACAAAAGUACAGCAACGGCGGAAGUUCAAGUCGAUUGUGCACCGUUGUCCAAGAGAGAAAAGGCCGUUCAAACCGACGAAGAUAAAUUGCAAGCGAAAGAAUUGGUCGCGCGAUACGAUAAAAUCCAAGCGCAAUACGAAGAGAAGUGUUUGAGUAUGGAAAAGUUGACCGAGGAAUUUUGCGACGUAAACAAGAUAGUGAAGUCUUUGAAAGAGGAAAAUCAAUCGAGCAAAAUCAUCAUCGACGAAUAUGGACGUUCCAUGGAAGCACUCGAGAAACAACUGUCACUUGUCACAGAAGAAAAACACAAAAUAGAAGAAGCUCUACUGACUUCCAAUGCGGAAGCAAAAUUCACGAAAUACCAGCAUGAAAUCGACCGGCUGGAAAAGAAGGAUCUUGCGAAGGACGAUGCUCGACAGUAUCUGGAGACAACGCGCAAAGAAUUGGAUGCGUCAAGGUGUCGAGGAGGAGAAGAAGGGGGGAAACAGGAGGAAGAGAAGGAACAACGACAAGAAUCGAAGGACGAGUUUGCUUGGAUAAAGGACGAAAAAGAGCAAAGAGACAUGACAAGUAGUAGUAAUGACAUUGACGUUGAACAACCGGAUGAGCAUUUAGAAACAAGUGUGGAAACUAUAGCAAAGUUAAAGGAGGAUAUUGUUCGAUUGAACGAAAACCUGGAAACCUGUCUGAUUGAGAAGAAUCACAUGCAAAACGCACUGGAGCGGAAUAACAAAAGAUUGUUGGAACUCGAGAAUCGGUUGGAGGGAACUGUUCUCAAGGAACAAGAGAAAGAUACCGAGAUCGCGACUUUGCAGAAGGAAUUGAAACGUAUGAUACAGAGAGACGACGAUGAGAAGACCAAGAGGAUGACUGACGAUUGUAUGGAAGUGGAAUUGAAAAGUGCCAUAAGCGAGUUGACGCGAACAAAGGAGGCGCUUUCCGAAAAGGAGCAUCAUAUCAAAGAAUUGAAGAUACAUUUGGGGAAUUUUGAGCGAAAUGCAAAGUUACUUAAUUUACUCGAAGAGAACGCGAAGGAACGACAGAUGGAGAAUGAACGAUUGCGGAAUAUUAAUGACGAAUUGAGGAGCAAUAUGACACAAAAGGAACACGAAAUGGAUGCGUUCGUGAAGAACAGAGACGAGAUGAUGACGAAAUAUGAGGCCUUGGUGAGGAACCAGCAAGAGGAAUUGGACAUGCAAAAAAGAGAGGUGAUGAGGUAUCAAGAACUAUUCCGCAGACAAAUGACGCCGAAUAAAGAAGAUUACAAAAAGUUGCAGAAGCGCGUGCAAGAACUUCAAGACGCGUUGCGCAAGUAUGAAGCUGGUGGUGCGAAAGCUAAAGAUUAUUCCGAAACUGUAUCUGAGGCCGAAGCGGCAGCUCAGCAGCCUAAACGUCGAGGGAAAAAGACCAUUUCGUCGGUCAAGCAAGAAGACAUACCGGUCGUUGAAUUAUCUGGAUCUGAGUCGAAACGCAGCGCAAAACGUAUCGCUUUGCCGACGGGACAAUCAUCGACGGGCAACAGACGUACAACCCGUAAAAAGAAACUAUUCGUCGUUACUGAUUCAUUCGCCGAUAUUGAACCAAUGGAAGAUUCAGCGGAAGUCGUUUCCACGACACUUUUGCCGACUCGCAAUUUGAGAAGUCGAAAGAAAUGAAUACACGCGUUGACGUCGAGUGUAAAUGCCGUGUGUGUGUAUAUACUCGAGGAAACGCUGGUAACUUUAAAGAUGGAAAAACAAUAGAUUAAUAUAUGGUGCACACCUAGAUUAGAAAGGAGCCGUAUCUUCCAAUGAUGAUGGUGGUAUCGAGAAGCAACAUCUGGUUUAUGUUAAAUUUUCACCUCGUUCCAUUUUAUCGUAUAUUGUAAAUGUAUAUAUGUGUA